UGAUGUCGGAAAACGUGGCAAUAGAAAUAGCUGAGAAGAAACACGUUAUUCCAGCUGUAGGUUUUCAGGAGUUAGGCACAAGUGAAUGAUGCCUAAAGAAAAAAAGAAACGUGCCUCUGUCUGUUUGGCUGCAGUCCUGAUUCUGACAUGUCACUUGGCGCAAACAAUAGACUGCCUUCGACUAAAGAAAACAGAAAAACAAAAGCUGCAGGCAGAUGCAGAUGCUGUUUUCACCCCAGCGGGUGUUCAAGAGGGGCAAAUCGUGUUCGGAGACGUCCUACGGAAUGAGUCAUGGAGCACAGAUGGAACCGGGAAAGCCUCUUCUAACGCUACUGAAGAUGAAAAGGCUUAUCAAGCGGAUUCCACAGGCUGGUCCAGUGUAAACAAUGAUGAUGGCUCAAACAAAUGGAACCACUUGGGGACAUCUCUGCAUUGUUUAGGAGAUCAUAUGAAGUUCAGGUACCUCGGACCAGAAGCUUCUCACCUUACAGUGGAACAAGAGGAUAACUCGUAUCUACCCGUGUCCAUGGUCCCCCCAAAAUGUGGCUACAACAUGCAUGGUAACUCCAUGGUGUUUGUUAUGACGGUUCCAUAUGAUGGCUGCAAUGUAGUUAAACAGAGUGGAAGCUAUGUAUUGCCACUUAAUUGGAAUGGGAAUCCAGUGUCUCUGUUGUGUCCCACCCAUGCAACAGUAGCUGAGCCUCAGGCACCUCAGGAGCAGCACUGGCAUCAAAACCCCCAGGACCCCCAGGGGCAGCAUUGGCCUCAAAACCCCCAGGGGCAGCAUUGGCCUCAAAACCCCCAGGGGCAGCAUUGGCCUCAAAACCCCCAGGGGCAGCAUUGGCCUCAAAACCCCCAGGGGCCUCAGUGGCAGCACUGGCCCCCCAAACCCCAGGAGCCUCAGUGGCAGCACUGGCCCCCCAAACCCCAGGAGCCUCAGUGGCAGCACUGGCCCCCCAAACCCCAGGAGCCUCAGUGGCAGCACUGGCCCCCCAAACCCCAGGAGCCUCAGUGGCAGCACUGGCCCCCCAAACCCCAGGAGCCUCAGUGGCAGCACUGGCCCCCCAAACCCCAGGAGCCUCAGUGGCAGCACUGGCCCCAGGAGCCCCAGGAGCCGCAGAAGCCCCAGGAGCCGCAGAAGCCCCAGGAGCCGCAGAAGCCCCAGGAGCCGCAGAAGCCCCAGGAGCCGCAGAAGCCCCAGGAGCCGCAGAAGCCCCAGGAGCCGCAGAAGCCCCAGGAGCCGCAGAAGCUCCAGGAGCAUCAUUGGCAUCAUUGGCACCACAAGCCCCACUGGCCCCAUUGGCACCACUGGCCCCAUUGGCACCACUGGCCCCAUUGGCACCAUGAGCCUCAAAAACCCCAGGAGCCUCAAAAACCCCAGGAGCCUCAAAAACCCCAGGAGCCUCAGGAGCCUCAGGAGCAUCAUUGGCAUCACUGGCACCACAAGCACCACUGGCCCCACUGGCCCCACAAGCACCACUGGCCUCAAAAACCCCAGGAGCCUCAAAAACCCCAGGAGCCUCAAAAACCCCAGGAGCCUCAAAAACCCCAGGAGCCUCAUUGGCAUCACUGGCACCACAAGCACCACUGGCCCCAUUGGCGCCAUUGGCACCACAAGCCCCAUUGGCACCACGAGCCUCAAAAACCCCAGGAGCCUCAAAAACCCCAGGAGCCCCAGGAGCCUCAAAAGCAUCACUGGCACCACAAGCCCCAUGGCCAUCAUUGGCACCAUAAACACCUCUGGCAGCAUUUGCACCAUAAACCCCAGGAUCCCCAGGUUAAAAUUGUUCCAAGGGCAACCCAGGAUGCCCAGGUUCAAGCGGCCCCACAAGCAACCCAGGAUGCCCAGGUUCAAGUGGUCCUGCCAGCGCCCCAGGAUCCCCAGAUUCCGAUUUUGCCACCAGUUCAUCACCUGCCUCAGGCAAACCUCUUCCCACUGUUUCCUCAUUACUUCUCCUCGACUGAUCAUGCAACAAACCUGCCUGAAUUUCCAUAUUACCCCCCUUAUGUGCCACUUCCUUUUCUUCCACCAGCCACAACAGCUGAACCAUCUACCACUUCAGAACAAAAAGAUGUUACUUUUCCCCAAAUGCCUUUCCAGUCAUAUGUCCCAUGGACCUUUGGACCACACUAUCCAAACCCUUAUGAUCCUAAACUACAGCAUCCAUGGCCUCAUGUUUCUGAACCAAAGCCAACAGCGCCUCAACAUACAGAUGCCUAGGCUUCAGAUGCUCACUUGCCUUUUUAUCCACCUGAACACCUGCCUUUUGUUUGAGCCUAUAUAUGUUCCAACUAACCAAGGCUAGUCUGAAAGUGUUUGCAAUAAAUGUUUU